UGAUGACAUCUUCAGACCCACGCUCCAUUGGUGAAUAACCCGCAUAUUGCUAAAUAGCUCUUUUAAAGAAAAUAACUAUUAAAUAAAGAAUAUCUCUAUGGCGCUACCUGAAAUUUGACAGUAUUGGACGCUUGAAGAGACAUUUCAUAUUUCAAAAGAAAAGAUGGGAUGUAACUGCAGUUCGGACUAUUCAGACAGUGACUGGAUUGAGAACUUGGAUGAAAUCUGUGAACACUGCAAUUGUCCCAUAUCUCCUGAGUCAUGUAAUCCAUACACAGAUCAGCUUAUUCCUUACCCAUCACAACAUUCACCUCCUACAUCACCUUUACCAGACAACCUUGGGGUGGCCAUAUACAGCUAUGAACCCACCCAUGAUGGUGACCUGGGCUUUGAGAAGGGAGACAAACUCAAGAUCAUCAACAGGGAUGAUCCAGAGUGGUAUUUGGCAGAGUCUCUCACCACAGGCAAGCAGGGCUACAUCCCACACAACUUUGUUGCUAUGACCACAGUGGAGACUGAACCGUGGUUCUUCAAGAACAUUUCUAGAAAUGAAGCAAUGAGGCUCCUCCUCGCUCCUGGGAACACGCAAGGCUCCUUCCUGAUUCGAGAGAGUGAGACAACCCCAGGGUCAUACUCCUUAUCAAUCAGGGACUUGGACCACAACACAGGUGAAGGAGUCAAACACUACAGGAUCCGCAACAUGGACAACGGUGGCUUCUAUAUCACAGCCAAGAUAUCCUUUAACUCGCUAAAGGAGCUUGUCCACCAUCACUCACGUGCGUACAGCCUCUUGAUCAAUCAAUCAAGAUUACUGGAUACUGUGCAGGGUCUUCAUCAGAAUCAUUUUAAACCUGUUUCCUCUCCCUGUUGUCCAGGCGAUGCAGAUGGGUUGUGCACAAAGAUGGCGAAGCCUUGUAGGUCGAGGGCACCGCAGAAGCCCUGGUGGCAGGAUGAAUGGGAGAUUCCCCGUGAGUCCCUGAAGCUGGAACGCAGGCUUGGGGCAGGACAGUUUGGAGAAGUCUGGAUGGGUGUGUACAAUAAUGAAAGGAGAGUGGCAAUUAAGAAUCUGAAGAUGGGCACAAUGUCGGUGGAAGCCUUCCUGGCAGAGGCCAACAUGAUGAAGAACUUGCAACAUCCUCGCCUCGUCCGUCUCUUUGCUGUGGUUACCCAGGAGCCGAUCUAUAUUGUCACGGAGUACAUGGAAAAUGGUAGCCUAGUGGAUUACCUAAAAACAACGGAGGGAAGCAGUUUGCCCAUGAACACUCUGAUAGACAUGGCAUCUCAGGUGGCUGAUGGCAUGGCCUUUAUUGAGGAGAAAAAUUACAUUCAUCGCGACCUGCGAGCUGCCAAUAUUCUGGUGUCUCAUGAACUCAUUUGUAAGAUUGCUGACUUUGGACUUGCAAGACUCAUUGAAGACAACGAAUACACAGCCAGAGAGGGUGCAAAGUUCCCAAUCAAGUGGACCGCCCCAGAGGCUAUAAACUACGGCACCUUCUCCAUAAAAUCUGAUGUGUGGUCCUUUGGGAUCCUCCUCACAGAAAUAGUGACAUAUGGACGCAUACCUUACCCCGGUAUGUCCAACCCGGAGGUAAUCCAGAACCUGGAGCGUUGCUACAGAAUGCCGAAGCCAGAAAACUGUCCAGAGGGGCUUUAUAACAUCAUGGGUAUGUGCUGGAGGGAAAACUCAGAGGACCGGCCUACCUUUGAGUACCUGAGGAGCGUCCUGGAGGAUUUCUUCACUGCCACAGAGAGGCAGUAUCAGGAAUAGCCCUCGUGGACGGAAAGACAUAGAGACAUACAAAAAAUAUACUCAAACUAAAGUUGCAGCCUUUGAAGGUGCAUGCUGGAUUUUGUUUUGUUCGUUGAAGAGUACAUACCUUUAUACUGAUAGAGUACAAACUGAGAUUUCACAAAUAAGAGUACUUUGUUUUUGGAUCAAACUUAUUCUGAAGUUCCCACUUAUAGUUAAUACAAUUACUUGUGGACUAUGAACCUGAAACUCUUGUGACAGCUGGAUCACUGAAGAGCCAACAACGGAGAGGAGAGAGAUCACCUUGAAUAAACUCGGGACCGUCUGAUGUAGCUGAAUAAGUAGCUGCUCUCCUGGUGCUUUCUAUUGAGAUGUAAAUACUGUCAAAUGGCUUCAGCUGUGUUUUACCUCUGUAGUACAAUAAAUGUUGUCACAUUGUUUUA